AGUACAGGCGGUGGUGGUGCGACCGGCUGGGGCGGUAGAGGAGAAGGGAGGCCCUCCUCAGCCCUUUCUUCUCUUGGCAACGGCUAACUUUCAACCUGGGCUCGCUAGGUUCCCCCGCGGCCUUGGGGGCGCUGGCCCCUCCCGACAGUUGCUGCCGCCGCCGCCCACCUGGUUGUGGGUAAAUGGGUUUGCAUGACAUUUUCCAUGCACUAAGGCAGUUCCAUGUCUUGUUUGGACUGUUCCUGUAUUCUACGGACACAAAUUGAAUCCAUUGGAGCAGAAAAGCAAUCUGAAGGCAGCAGCAGUCAGGAUUUGACAGAUGACCCUGCUGUAUGUUGGGGCCAAUCGACUCAAAGAAGAGAUGAACAAAUACCAUGGUCCUCUGAUGUAUCCCAUUAUGAUCUCCAGGUGGAAAUAGGAAGGGGAUGCAACAACUUAACUUCAAUCUACCUCGCACGACAUAUCCCUACAGGAACACUGGUAGCUGUAAGGAUUACAGAUCUGGAAAGAUGUUCUGAAGAACACUUGAAAGCUUUACAAAAUGAGGUGGUAUUAUCCCACUCCUUUCGACACCCCAAUAUCUUGACCCUCUGGGCAGUGUUUACUGCUGGAAGUUGGCUUUGGAUUAUUUCUCCUUUCAUGGCUUAUAGUUCAGCCAGUCAUCUCCUGAGGACUUACUUCCCUGAAGGCAUGAGUGAAGCAUUGAUAGGAAAUAUCCUGUUCGGAGCAAUUAGUGGGUUAAACUACAUGCACCAACAUGGCUUCAUCCACAGAAGUGUUAAAGCUAGCCACAUUCUGAUUUCAGAGGAUGGCCUGGUUUAUCUGUCUGGCUUAAACCAUCUUUACAGUUUAGUCAGUAGUGGGCAACUGUUAAAAGCCGUGUAUGACUUCCCUGAGUUCAGUACGUCUAUGCUUCCAUGGCUGAGUCCUGAACUACUAAGGCAGGAUAUGUAUGGAUAUAAUGUGAAAUCUGACAUCUAUAGUGUGGGCAUUACAGCUUGUGAACUAGCUAAUGGACGUGUACCCUUUCAGGAUAUGCCUCGUACACAGAUGCUGCUGCAGAAGCUUAAAGGUCCAUCUUAUUGUCCCUGGGCUAUAAAUACUUUUCCACGUGGCGAAUCCAGGAUAAAAAAUUCCAGAUCAGGGAUUGACUCUGGAAUUGGUGAAAGCAUGACACGAACAAUGACAAGUGAGAUACUGCAGACUCCACCAAAAACCUUCUCUCCUGCUUUCCAUAACCUGAUAGAACUCUGUUUGCAUCAGGACCCAGAAAAAAGGCCAUCAGCAAGAGGUCUACUGUCACAUGCUUUUUUCAAGCAGGUAAAAGAACAAACAAAGGGUUCACUACUUUCACUAUUGCCUCCUGCCGUCCAACACACUCAAUCACAAAUACCUGCAGUGCAUUCAGCUGACAUCUGGAGGAAGUCUGGAUGUGUUUUGCCAAAUGUGAGAGAGAGGUACUGGGAAUUCUAGAGAUGCUAAACCUUACCUCUGACAUCUGUCUGGAAAAAAUGUGAUUUCUUUGCUGCUUUUUGUUUUUUGUUUUUUUAAAAUACAAAUAUUUGUGGUAUACUUGAAAAUGUUAAAUGUUUGUACAGGUGAUACUCUAUGGGGAGGAAAAUUCUUCCAGUGUGAUACUAUGUGAAUGCAGUGAUCCUCACUUCUUGAACUGCCAAGUGUCCACAUAACCUCAAGCACCUUCUUUCCACUCUUAGAACUGAAAUGUAAUGGAUCCUAUUUUAUUAUAAAACUCUUGCAUUUUAUGACAUACGGUACAUCUAUGUUAUUACUGCCUUUGAAGUGUUCUUAUGAAAUUCUCUCACUUUCUGUUUUGGUAUACAUAUCAACACACUAAUUUACAUAUAUAAACUUUUUCUUUUUAAAAGUAGUGCCUUUUCCUGCAUACGAAAAGUGGCAAUGUGCUAGCCUCUGAGUUUUGCGGGAUCUUCUGCAAUAUGCCCUCCAAAAAGUUGUUGGGAGUAGCCAUCACUGUAGUCUGGAAGAAAUAGCUGUAGUCUUUCAAUGCAACGUAUCUCUGUUGCUUACUAGCCCACAUCUCUGAUAGUAAUUGGGAUGUUACUGCUCAGCUCACACCUAGCUAGCCUUUAAAUACGCAAUAUUUCUAGCUGAGAUCUGUAAAACUAUUGUAGAGAAAGGAAUCUACACAACUGAGGCAAAGAACAAGAUCUGUUGAGCCACAAAGAUGGAAAGAUGAAUACAAGGAUUUCAACAAUAUCUGACUAUUAGAAAUAUACUGCUGCAAACAAUAUUCUAGAAAGCAAUUGAUUCUAAGGUAAUAAUAACCUCAAGCAUUGCAUUUUGACCUUUGUGAGGUACCUUUCCUUGAGAAAUGUCCUUGAGAAGUCCAAAUGACAAAAAUAAUGAAAAUGAAAGGGUCAGACUGUCAGGAAACAAGCUUUCUGUUCUUGUUACUCUAGUACUGUGAAUGAAUAAGCAUGACCUUAGCCCAAAUUCUUGCUCUCUGUACAGCAUAUAAUUUUGGGGGAGAGGGUUUUAUUACUGAGAUAUUUAGAAUUAUAUUUUAUUAAUGUACAUUCUAUUUGAUCAUGUAAAAUAGUUGUUAGCUUAAUUUUUUAAAGUGUGUAGCCUCACAAAGCUAUAUCAGAUAUGAUACAAUUAGCAUCACAGGCAUUAAUUUGACUAGGAAACUACUGAAGUAAAACAAUGCAUUAGCCAUCUUUUGCCAGCCCAGUUCUAACAAAUGUAACUGGAAUAAAAUAUGCUUCUUAUUUAA